AUGAAUAAUAAUGAUGACAAUAAUCAUGCCAAUAAUUAUAUGAAUAAUCAUAUUAAUGCUAUUGAUCAUAAGGACAAGGAUAAUGGUAAUAUCAUUAACGUGAAUAAUAAUUAUGACAAUAAUGUCAAUGAUACUACUAAUAAUAUCCAUGAUACUAUUGAUAAUAAUGACAACGAUGUGGGCAAUAUUAAUAUUAAUAAUACAUAUCUUAUUAAUAACAAAGACAAUCAUCGUGUUAGCCAUACAUACAAUAAUACUAGUAGUAGUCCUAUCGAUGAUGGUAAGUAUAAGGGCAGUAGUAUGAGUCAUAUGGAUAAUAAUAUUCGUAAGGAGAACAGUAACGCUAAUAAUGAUAGUAAUAUCAAUGGUGACGUGGAAACUGAUGACAAUAAUACCGGCCAUAGUAAUAAUAUCGAUAAUGAUGAUAGUAAUGAUGACAAUGACAAUGCUGCUGGUAAUAGUAACAGUGACGACACGACACCACGAAUAACCUGGCCGGGGGGGGCGGGCUGCCUGCAGCAGGACGGCGGCUUCGAGCACUGGGGGCCCAGCCAGAGCCGCCUGCUGAAGGGCCAGGAGCGGGGCAGCGGCGCCUUCUGGAAGAAGCCUUCCUCCUCGUCGUCGUCGUCUUCCUCCUCGUCCUCCUGCUGCCCCACUACCCCGCUCAAUGGCACCCUGACCCGCCUGCAGCCCGGCGGGCAUGGGCUGGGCCAGCCCCAGCACCCGGCGCCCAGGACCAUCUUCUACGUGGAGGCCCUGGAGGAGGAGGAGGUGGUGGUGCCCGGUGGGAUGGAGGUCGCCCCGGAGCAGGAGAAGAAGGCCCUGGGGGUGCCAGAGGUGAAGGAGGGCUACUCGGAUGGCGGCGGCCAGGCAACAGGUGAAGGAUGUGGACACAGAUUGUCAACAGCCAGCCAUCCUCUGUCACCUCCAUGUGAUAUGGAUUCCAGUAGCUCUGAGGAAUUCUAUCAGGCAGUACACCAUGCUGAACAAACCUUCAGAAAAAUGGAAAGCUACCUGAAGCAGCAGCAACUCUGUGAUGUUAUCCUUAUUGCUGGGAACCGCAAAAUACCUGCUCAUAGGCUUGUUCUCAGUUCAGUGUCUGACUACUUUGCUGCGAUGUUUACAAGUGAUGUUUGUGAAGCCAAACAAGAGGAGAUCAAAAUGGAAGGGAUAGACCCUAAUGCAUUGUGGGAUCUUGUGCAGUUUGCAUACACAGGUUGCUUGGAACUGAAGGAGGAUACCAUCGAAAACCUUCUGGCAGCUGCCUGCCUCCUGCAACUUCCACAAGUAGUAGAAGUUUGCUGCCACUUUCUAAUGAAGCUAUUACACCCCUCCAACUGUUUGGGAAUACGAGCAUUUGCAGACGCACAGGGAUGCACAGAGCUCAUGAAGGUGGCUCACAACUACACCAUGGAGAACAUAAUGGAAGUCAUCAGAAAUCAAGAGUUUUUACUGUUGCCAGCAGAGGAGCUACAUAAACUCCUUGCAAGUGAUGAUGUGAAUGUUCCUGAUGAAGAAACUAUUUUUCAUGCAUUAAUGAUGUGGGUUAAGUAUGAUAUGCAAAGGAGAUGCAGUGACCUGAGUAUGUUACUUGCCUAUAUCAGACUACCACUGCUUCCACCACAGAUAUUGGCUGACCUAGAAAACCAUGCACUGUUUAAGGAUGACUUGGAAUGCCAGAAACUGAUUUUGGAAGCCAUGAAAUAUCAUCUUUUACCAGAGAGAAGAACUCUAAUGCAAAGUCCAAGGACGAAACCUAGAAAAUCUACAGUUGGGACACUCUAUGCUGUUGGAGGAAUGGAUAACAACAAAGGUAUAGGAUGA